AUGUUAAGAUUUACUUUUUCUAAUAAUAAGUUAAAUUACAUACGUUACAGUAAUGUUAUUUUACAACGUUUUCUGUCAACACAACCGUCGCCAAAAACAAGUCUAACGUCAUCCUUACCUGUUGGUACGGGUUUGAGUACUGUGCAAACAUCGAGUAAUCUUCCAAUACUUUACCAGCCAAGUUUAUUGUCACGUAUUAAAUUGAAACUUGGUUUACAAGGCGAAUUACGUGAACCACAAAAGGUUUUGUAUCAAGCAGCAGCCAUAUCAUACUAUAUGAUUGGUUCAUCGGUAGAUUUCGAUGAAAUUCAACGUGAACUUGAAAUGCCAGAUGUAUUUGCAUCGUUUGGAAGAAUUAUUUUUCUACAUGUUUGGUUUUUACUUGUUCGUUAUAUUCAAUUAGGUCCAACCGGUAUAUUUCUUCGCCAACAAUUAGCACGUACUAUGUGGAUGGAUCUUGAUUUACGUGCUCAGCAAAUUCUUCCUGGACAAAGCAAAACUCGUCGUGGCCAAUUAGAAGAAUUAUGCUCGGAAAUGAAUGCAUUUAUGUUAGCAUUGGACGAAGGUGUCGUCGAUGAUGAUACAGUAUUAGCAGCGGCAGUCUGGCGACAUUUUUGUCAUGCUCAACCUACUUCGCUUGAUCGGCUCGUUAAACUUGUUGCAUAUAUAAGAAAAAAUGUUCAACAUUUAGAACAAUUACCAGAUGAAAACUUUAUGAAAAAUGGUUAUAUCUAUUUUUUGCCAUUAAAUGGUGAUGUUGUUGAUACGAAAUUUGUUAAUCAGCAUUAUCUUGACUUUAAAAAUAAAGCUCGAGGAGUAAUAAAAUAA